AUGUUUACAGAAGAUUUGUCAUACGACAAAUUGUUCACCGAAAAUUUAUUGGAUAAAUACGCUAAAAUUAUUGGAAUUUAUACAAAUGAAAUCGAGUUAUUCAAAGCUAUUAAUGAAAACAUCGAUUUAACUUUGAAACAAGAUCUGUCGCUCUCAUUUUAUAAUCAACAUCAAAAGUCGACGCGUGAACUUUCAAAAGAAUCAGCAUUAUUUCUUUGGUUUCAACUAUUUAAAGAUGUUCUUCUUCACCUACCACAAAAUGAUAAAAAUGCCAAGCAACAAUUGGUUAAUUAUUUGAAACAAUGUUAUCAUAAUAAUAAUAAACAAUUAAAGUUAAUUGAUGAGUUUGAUUCUCUCUAUAAAGCUGAAGAUGCAAUCAAAUGGUACACUGGUCAACCAUUUCUCUAUAAAAAUUUGAAUAAAGCAUUACGCACUGAAGAUAUUGAACAAUUAUAUUUAUUUCGAUUCUUCAUAACUGAUUUAUGCACAGUAUUGCACGAAGAGUACACGUAUUUGAAAGAAUUUGAGCCAUGUAUUACACUUUAUCGUGGAGCGUCGAUGUCCAAUGAUGAACUGGAAAAAUUAAGACAGAAUGUUGGACAAUUGAUAUCAACAAAUGGUUUCCUGUCUACUAGUCAAAUAAAAGAAGUUGCGCUUGCUUUUGCUUCUUCUGGUAAAUCGCCGAAGAAACAUCGAGUUCUCUUCGAAAUCAAAUGUGAUUUAGCAUUGACAGAAACGACAGUUUUAGCACCUGUAUCGCAGUAUAGUUUGAUCCCUGACGAACAAGAAGUUUUAUUUGACACUGGUGCAGUGUUUGAAAUCAUUUCAAUCACAACCGACGAAAAAAACGAAGAUACCACGCGAAACGAAGAAUCAACCUUAUCAAUCAUCUCAAUGAAGGCGACAGAUGAAGGUAGUCAAAUUGCCAAAGACUAUAUAAACGCAAAUCUUAUGCUGUUAAACGGUAGAAGUUCUCAAGUCAUGUUUGGUAUCCUACUCGCUGACAUGGGUCUUUACGAUCAAAGUAUUAAAUAUUUCGAGCGUCUUGUUGCUGACCGUGACUUACUAACUCACUUACCGGAUGAUGUUAUAGCACGAGCUUAUAAUGAAAUUGGUAAUGCAUUAGACAUACAAGGAAAAUAUCGCCAAGCAUUGGAAUUUUAUUUACGAGCAUAUGAUAUGACUUUCAACGAAGACAAGCUGAACGAUGAAAAUCUUCUAAAUGCUGCAACACCAAUAGCAAAUAUAGCGUAUGUGUUCAAGAAUUUAGGAUACUUUGAAAAGUCGCUUAAGUUUUUUCUGCAAGCACUGGAAAUUGUAGAUGCCUAUUGUGGUGAUACCCAUCAUCAGACGGCAGCAAUUCUCGACAAUAUAGGGAGUGUUUACCGUGAUAUUGGAGACAUGAUUAGUUGUUUGGAAUAUUUUCAAAAAGCAUACGAAAUAUAUACGAAAGUUCUACCAGAAAAUCAUCUUGACAUUGCUCGAGUGUUGAAUAAUAUUGGAGUCGCAUACAUGAACCUUGGUAAGCUUGAUCUUGCUAUGAAUUUUCUUCGACAAGGUUUAAAUAUGCGUCUAAAAUUACUACCAACGGAACAUCUUGACAUAGCGAUUAGUUUGAUGAAUAUCGGAGGAGUUUUACAUAACAGAUACUAUAUUCAAGAUUCACUUGAUCAUUACAAGCAAGCUUAUACAAUACUCGAAAAGUUGUUUCCGAACGGACAUCGAUGCGUUGCGCAUUGUUUGCAGGAGAUGGGUUACGUUUACAAAAGAAUCGAAUCUUACCACACGGCAAUGGAAUGUUUCGAGAAUGCCUUAAGAAUUCGACAAAAUCUACUUCCAGAUAAUCAUCCCGAGAUCCUACAGACCCAUAUGAUCAUCGACGACCUUGUCUCUCUGAUAUUAUAUCCACGUAACAAAUGCUGUCUAAAGUAA